AUGGCGUCAAUUCCAGAUCCCACCGCAGACCUUCACUGGUCAGCGUUCAGGGGAGCAAUUCAAGAUAUAUUUGCUUCAAACGCUGAAGCUCAUCCAGAUCGGCUAUGUGUUGUCGAAACAGCAUCAGAUUCAUCACCACGUCGCGAAUUCACAUAUAAACAAAUAAAUGAGGCCUCAAACAUUUUGGCCCACCAUUUGGUGCAAGCGGGCAUCAAGAGAGGGGAAGUGGUUAUGAGUUAUAGCCACAGAGGUGUGGACUUGGUGGUUACGGUCAUGGGAAUCUUGAAAGCCGGUGCAACAUUUUCAGUCAUUGACCCUUCAUAUCCCCCAGACCGCCAAAAUAUUUACCUUGAUGUUGCUAGACCACGAGCUUUGGUGGUUAUCGAUAAAGCAACGAGAGAGGCUGGAGAAUUGACCGAUAAAGUGCGAGACUUUAUCAAGAGGAAUUUGCAGCUAAAAACCGAAGUUCCAGGUUUGGAACUCAAGGAUGAUGGUACACUCGUGGGUGGUCUGGUAGACGGAAAGGACAUUUUCUCGGAAUCGACUUCGAUGAAAGCCAAAACUCCAGGAGUAGUGGUUGGACCAGAUUCUAUUCCUACUCUUUCGUUCACAUCAGGAUCAGAAGGACGUCCUAAGGGUGUUCGAGGUCGCCAUUAUUCUUUGGCUUACUACUUCGACUGGAUGGCCGAGCGGUUCAGAUUAACUAAAGAUGACAGAUUCACAAUGCUUAGUGGUAUUGCUCAUGACCCGAUUCAAAGAGAUAUUUUCACGCCACUCUUUCUUGGAGCACAGCUGUUGGUUCCUUCCAAAGAAGAUAUUCAGCAUGAGAGACUAGCUGAAUGGAUGCGCGAACAUGGGGCCACAGUCACUCAUUUGACACCAGCUAUGGGACAAAUUUUGGUUGGCGGUGCUAAUGCUGAAUUUCCCGCCCUCCAUCAUUCAUUCUUCGUCGGAGAUAUUUUGAUUAAGAGAGAUUGCAAGGCGCUACAAAAGCUGGCAGCCAAUGCAUUCAUAGUCAACAUGUACGGAACCACGGAGACUCAGCGUGCUGUCAGUUACUACGAGAUUCCAAGUCGCUCUUCAGACCCAGACUAUUUAGAGUCGAUGGGGAAUGUUAUCCCAGCUGGAAAGGGUAUGAAAGAUGUCCAGUUAUUGAUUGUCGAUCGAGAAAACCAGAAUCGUAUUUGCAAUGUUGGGGAGAUUGGAGAAAUCUACGUUCGUGCAGCUGGUCUGGCCGAGGGAUACCUUGGAAGUGAUGAACUUACUAAGACCAAGUUUGUAGAAAGUUGGUUCGUCGAUAACUCCAAGUGGGUUGAAGAAGACAAGAAAGCUGCCAAGUCUCUGACAGAGGAACCAUGGAGAGAGUUCUACCAAGGUCCUAGAGAUAGGAUGUAUCGUUCUGGAGAUCUCGGUCGGUAUAUGCCUACAGGUGAUGUCGAAUGUGUUGGUCGAGCCGAUGACCAGGUCAAGAUCCGAGGCUUCAGAAUUGAACUCGGUGAAAUCGACAAGUAUCUUUCAGAUCACGAAAUGAUAAUGGACAAUGUCACUCUCGUGCGAAGAAACAAGGAUGAAGAGCAAACUUUGAUUUCUUACAUUGUACCAGAUAUGCAGAAAUGGGCACACUGGUUGGAAUUACAUGGUUUGAAAGACGACACAUCUGAGGAGGGUAUCCAGGGUCGACUUCGUCGAUUUUGGGCACUUGGUGAAGAUGUGAAGAAGCAUCUUAGGACCAAACUUCCUUCCUACGCCAUUCCAGAAGUCAUCAUUCCAUUGGAAAAGUUUCCACUCAACCCUAACGGAAAGAAAGAUAAGCCUGCGCUUCCUUUCCCAGAUGCUGCACAACUCGCAGCAGCCCGUCCCACAGCUGAGCAAGGUGAUCUCACGGAUACUGAAAAAGCCGUUGCAAGUAUUUGGGGUUCCUUGAUAUCGUCAAUAGACGAGCGGACUCUCAACUUGGACGAUUCUUUCUUCGAUAUCGGUGGACACAGUAUCUUGGCCCAACAGAUGUUGUUCCGUAUCAACCGUAACUGGCAUGACGCAAAUGUCAACAUGAGCGUUAUCUUUCAAAAUCCUACACUGAAAGGAUUUUCGAGUCAAAUCGACAAGCGAGUUCAGUCAGCUCGCAAUGGUGUUGCGUUAGAUGAGCCUGAAGUUGCUGUGGACUACGCCGGCGAUGCCAAAGCUCUAGCUUCGUCUCUACCAGAAAAAUUUCCCUCCGCGGAUUCUCCCAUUUCAAGCUCAUCUCCGCUUACGGUAUUCCUUACCGGUGCAACUGGAUUCUUAGGAGCAUAUCUACUUCGAGAUCUCUUGACUCGUCAGUCACCACAAAUCAAAGUCAUCGCACAUGUAAGAGCUAUCGACCAAAAGGUGGCUCUCAAGAGAGUUAUUCAAACCUGUCAAGCAUAUGGAGUAUGGAACGAAUCAUGGGCCUCUCGAAUUUCUUGCGUUACAGGAAGUCUCGGUGACCCCCGCCUAGGUCUCUCAGAAACAGUAUGGAACAGACUCGCCAAUGAAGUAAACGUCGUCAUCCACAACGGCGCUCAAGUCCACUGGGUCUACCCAUACUCCAAACUCAAGCCCGCCAACGUCCAAGGGACCCUCGACAUCCUCUCCCUCUGCGCCACUGGAAUCCCCAAAAAACUCUCCUUCGUAUCCUCCACCUCCGUCCUUGACACCCCCCACUUCGUCAAGCUCUCCCAAUCCGGCCAAAAAGUCUCCGAAGAAGAUGAUCUCUCAGGCAGCGCCACAGGCCUGGGAACAGGUUACGGCCAAUCCAAAUGGGUCGCCGAGCACCUCGUCCGCGAAGCCGGCGCGCGCGGUCUUCGCGGCAGCAUCGUCCGCUCGGGCUACAUCACCGGCGACAAAACCAGCGGCGUGACGAACACAGAUGACUUCCUCACCCGUAUGAUCCUAGGCUGUAUCCAACUUGGCUGUCGACCCAAGAUCAACAACACAGUGAACAUGGUCCCCGUCAACCACGUCGCGCGUAUCGUCGUCGCAGCUGCGUUCCAUCCUGCAAAGACACCGUUAGGCGUGGUGCAAGUGACGAGUCGGCCGCGUCUUACGUUUAGUGAGUAUCUAGCUGCUGUACAGGCUUAUGGAUAUGAUAUCCCUGAAGUCGAAUACUCCGUCUGGAGCAAGAAACUACAAGGUUACGCCGCUGCGAACGAUGGUCGUAAACAACACGCUCUGAUGCCACUCUACCACUUCGCAACCAACGACCUCCCCGCCGACACCAUCGCGCCCGAGAUGAGCGACUCCAACACCGAAGCUUCCCUUGCCGCCGACGGCGCAGACGUCAACGACGGCUUUGUAGACGAAGCACGCAUCGGUAUCUAUCUUUCGUACUUGAAUAUGUCUGGGUUCCUGGACGAGCCGACGUUGGAGGGCAAGGAUAUUCCUGAUACGACGUUUAGCUGGAAGCAGAAGGUUGCGUUGAAGAUGGUUGGGGGACGGGGGACGUUGAGAUAG